UCUCGCAUUCUUUCAAUAUGGCCGCAUUGAGUAGCAGACGACGCGUAUUUGUCGUGGCGGUUGCCUUGCCAUACAGCGUAUACUACACCAUUUUCAUGUUCCUGGUCUGUCUACUACAGACGGCAGUAGUAAUAGGUCAUUAUGGUGAUGAUUUCGAUAAUGUCCUGCUAUGCAGACAAUGCGGUCACGAGAUAGCCCAAGCUUCAGACUUGUAACAGUGGGCACUACCCAGGCUGUGCAUCGGAGAAAUGGUACCAUUCUUGGAAAAGAAAACGUCCUAAUUCAACUCCUCAAAAAUCCACAAGGCCGGCAUUUUGAAAUCAUUACAACGUCUGCUGCUGAAGUUUCAAAGCAACCACAUCUUCAUAAGGAUCAUACAUGGUUUGAUGGUUAUGGCUGGCAAAUCAUCUCAUGCCCGCAAUGCAGAUCACAUUUAGGAUGGUACUUUGAACCUACGGAGCCAAAGAAAACAGAGACAUGCCAGGAGGAGAAGGAUAAGGAUGUGUGUGAUGAGACUGCAGAUACGGUCUUGAAUGACGGAGAAGAGACUGAAGAAGAGGAGAAGAGUUCAUUCCAUGCACUCAUAUUGAAAAAUCUAAUUCAUGAAGAAUAUGCCGAUUCUCUAGUAGUACAACCCAAGGUCUAUGGAGGGUAAUCCUUUCAUCACGACAGCUCUGUUGUGGAUGCAAUAUGGGUAACUUCUGAACUCAAAGGGAAAUCCAACCUUAAAGCCCAUCUGCACUAGGUUGGCCAGGAGAGAUUAGACCACCCAGGGUGGUCACUGACAGGUGGUUAUCUCAUCAACUCA